AUGGCACAACCACUGAAGCGCCCUCUUACCGAGGCCGAACUCCGCAGGGCCGAGGACUGCGCUGACGAGAACGCCAAACUGGCAGAGUGCUGGGAGAGUCAUCAGGUCGCCAUCGUGACAUGCGAGCCGGCCGACGAACUCAGUUUCCCUAGCUACUUGAGCACGUCCGUCCUGACCAUCGAGACCCUGUUGCCCCUCGAGCAGCCCACGCCGGGGAGCCCUGACAGGAAGAAGAAGCAGCAGCAGCAGAAGAUGCGCGAGCCCAAACGGGACAAGAGGAGCGAGUCGUCGGAGCCGAGGCCGUGCUACUUCGAGCACCGGUCGUACGAGCGGCUCGACGUGUGCACACAGGUGGCACGGCUCAAGGCGUCGAUGACGUUCGACACGCUGGCGAAGGAGUACGGGACGGUGUGCAUCGCGGGGUACGACCUGCGCGAGACGCGGCGGGCGAUGGAGUCGCUGAGCAUCGAGACGCCGGCGCGGGUGGUGUGGGUGGACCUGAUGAAGGUGCUGGAGCACCAGGCACGCGGCGACGCGGGCGGGAUCCCGGCGGAGCUGCACAGGUACACGGACGACAACGUGACGGUGCGCAACGGGCGGUACGACCGCGUGCCAGGGAGGCCGCAGGGAUAUUACGGGAUGCCGAGCGUGCGGCUGCUCGAGGUGCUCGGCCCGGCGGCCGCGGCCCACCGCGCGGACUUUAAGAAGAUGGAGAAGGAGUCCGCCGCGCUGAAGAGGAUGGCGAACAAGGCCCGGAACGGUAGUUCGUAG